AUGGCGGAAGAAGCUUCAAAGGAAUGGAAAGAAAUUGUAGAUCGAGUAAUAUGUGCCUGGAGUGGUUAUCAGUUAGGAAUAGAUUUCAGCUCUGGAGGACCCGACACGCUAGCAAAGGAUGAGUGGUUCAAAGAAGUUGUCGCUGAAUAUAUUUUGACAACGCGCGGAUUGAAAGCAGACGACUUGGAAGAAUGGUUGAACAAUGUUCUGUACACUGAGUUCAAUCUCAUAUUAGAAGAUGAAAGCGUCUAUCCCACUUCCGCCUUCCUGCUAGAAGCUCUGGGGUACUUCAAACACAACGAUCGAGUACGCCUUGAUCAAAUGCUGAACAGUCUACCGUCAUCGGAAACCGUCCGCGAGGUUAAUAGGAAGAGCCGCCCUGAAUGCUCUGACGAGGAAGAAGAUAUGGAGAUGGACGACAUUUCCGAAAAUAGCGAAAACGAACCAGCAGAUGUCUCAGAGCUUCCUUGCCACGACAGCUAA